UGUCCUUAUAUAUAUAUCCCACAUUAUGCACUCUCUUUUCGCCUACUUUUUUUAGAGAAUCCAGAAUGGCUACAAUAAGAGUCCCUGAGAUGCCUCCUUCCCCUUUUGAAGAUGCUCUUGAUCUCAAAAAUGCCUUCGAAGGAUGGGGUACUGAUGAGAAGACGGUGAUUGGAAUACUAUCACAUAGGGAUGAAGGGCAGAGGAAGAAAAUAAUGUCAGCUUAUGAAGAACUUUACAAUGAAAACUUGAUUAAUCGGCUUGAGAAAGAACUCUCUGGUGAUCUUCAGGAAGCAAUUUAUUUUUGGAUGUUUGAUCCAAUUGAGAGAAGUGUCAUCAUGGCCAAUAUUGCCGCGAGGAAGAGUAUUGACUACCAGGUGAUAGUAGAAAUAGCAUGUGUCAAUUCUCCCGAUGAGCUACUAGCAAUCAAGAAAGUGUACCAUGCUCGUUAUAAGCAAUCCUUGGAAGAAGAUGUUGCCUCGCAUACUACUGGAGAUUUUCGCAAGCUUUUGGUAGCAUUGGUAAGCACAUAUAGAUAUGACGGUGUCGAGAUAAAUGAAACCUUAGCAGAACUAGAAGCAAAGACACUUCAUAAUUCUAUAGUUCAAAAGAGUUUUCAUCAUGAUGAAAUUGUCAGAAUCUUGAGUACAAGGAGCAGGGCACAACUUAAUGCAACUUUUAAUCAUUACAAAGAUGAGUAUGGAACCUCCAUCUCUAAGGAUCUCUCUACUUCCUUAUCAAAUGAAUAUGUAUCGGCUCUCCGAAUAGCAAUCAGGUGCAUUAUCUCUCCUCAAAAGUACUAUGAGAAGGUUCUGCGCCAUGCAAUGAAGAAGGCAGGAACAGAUGAAGAUGCGCUGACCCGUGUGAUUGUGACACGUGCUGAGAAAGACUUAGAGGACAUUAAAGAGUUGUAUCAGAAGAGAACAAACGUUACACUUGAAAGUGCAGUACAUAAGGAAAUUUCAGGGAACUAUAAAAAAUUUCUUCUUGCUUUAGUUGAGGAAUAGAGCUCUUAAAUCUCUAUUCAUUUAGCAGAUUUUUCUCGUUUCCUAAAGAUCUAGUAGAUGCAGUAGUCUGAAGUGAUAGAUUGGUCUAUUUUCCUUUUGUGAUAAAUUGUUGGUUUUAGGAGAAGUAGACACAUCUGUAGUUCUUUCAUUCUUUCUCCUUUAAAUUUUCUUCUAUUCUUGGUUUA